AUGCAGCUUGCUAGCCUGCUGCUGGUACUUGCAGUCAGGCUGUGCAGCUGUGGGAUGCUGGACUCACACGCUUCCAAGUUUUACUUCCAGCUGCUGCAGUCCACGGGGAAAGAUUAUCUCCCGGAGAGGCACGGCAGCAACGGUCAGCGACAACCUGUCCCCUCCGACCACCUACCGCUGGUCAACCUUGUGGAGGAUGAUGAUGAUGCCCGCGAUCCGCGGCCUAGUGACAUCAACGUGACACAACUGCGUCAACAGCUGGGCAGCGAGUUCGACAGGGAGUUCAUGUCCCUGGAGGCACCAAGGAGGAGAGUGGACAAACUUCAUCUGCAGUUUCUCAAUGGCAAACCCAAAGGUCGUCGACCUCCUUUCCUGCGCUUGUUGCGUUCUGCGCGCCUCCAGGACGGCAGCAGACUGACAUUAAACCUGCCCAGGAAUGAGCGCAGAAGGCUGCAGAAGUUUGUAUGGAAUUUGACGUUUUGUCCGGUCAGAUAUUCUUGGAAAUUUCUAGGCCGUCGCGUGUGGCCGCAGUGGAUCAAGGAAGGCUCGUGUUUCAGCACGCGCUCCUGCUCCAUCCCACCAGGAAUGACUUGUCAACAGAGAGCUCAGACUUACAAAACUUUCCUCCGCUGGCACUGCGAGAACUUCGAGAGGCGGCAGCACUGUCGCUGGAUCGAGUUCCUGUAUCCAAUCAUCACAGAAUGUUCUUGUUCCUGCUAG